CGUAGCGGAAGUCCCUGCAGCCGCGGUGUUGUGCUGUGGGGAAGAGACGGAUUUGUAAACCUCAGAGUGAGGUUCUGCCUGCCGGAGGCCGCUGUGGUGCGGAGAUCGCCGGGUGAAGCCACCGUCACCAUGUCUGACCAGUUGUAGGAGCUCUCAGAAUAACCCUGAAAACAACAGACUGGUGAAGAGUACCACCACCACGCCAUUUCAUCUGGGCAUUAACCUGCAGAUGGAGGCAAAACCUUCAACUGAGGACUUAGGGGAUAAGAAGGAAGGAGAAUACAUUAAACUCAAAGUUAUUGGACAGGAUAGCAGUGAGAUACAUUUCAAAGUGAAAAUGACAACACAUCUCAAGAAACUCAAAGAAUCAUACUGUCAAAGACAGGGAGUUCCAAUGAAUUCACUCAGGUUUCUCUUUGAAGGUCAGAGAAUUGCUGAUAAUCAUACUCCAAAAGAACUGGGAAUGGAGGAAGAAGAUGUGAUUGAAGUUUAUCAGGAACAAACAGGGGGUCACUCGACGGUUUAGAUAAUUCUUUUUAUUUUUUCUCCUUUUCCCUCAAUCCUUUUUUAUUUUUAAAAAUAGUUCUUUUGUAAUGUGGUGUUCAAAAUGAAAAUUGAAUACUGGCACUCCAUCUUCUUAGAACAUCUGGUAAUCUGAAUUCUAGUGUUCAAUAUUCAUUAUUGGUUGUUUUUGUUGUACUGAUUUUUGGUGAUCAGACCUCAGCUCCCUUAAUAUUGCGCUUCUUCUUUUAAAAAAUGUCAUGUGUGCACAGAGAGGCCACCCUUUUCAGGACUGUGCAUUUUUAGGUUUGUAAUAAAGAAGAUCGACUAGUGCGGGCUUUCCUAUGACCUUCCAGUUGGCCCUGAAGUUCCAGCAUGUGGUUGCUUCACUCCUCGACUAGGAUUUCAGUGGGACAUGGAAGUUUUUCAGAGAACUGAACUGUGGAAAAAUGACCUUUCCUCAGCUUGAAGCUACUUUUAAAAUCUGAGGGUCAGGACCAAAAGAAGAACAUCACGUUUGUAGUCAAGAUGACAAAUACAGUGAGAGUAACAACCAACUCCAAAGGUGGCUUCACUGGAGAGAAAGAAAGUGUCUUGAGUACAACAGUCUUGUCAGAAGACCCCAGGAGAGUUCUAAUCUUCGUCAGCAGUUAAUAAAGUUACUUAUGCAGAAGUGUACGCAACAGACACUGCUCCUUUUGAUUUUGUUUGUACUUUUUGGCCUGGGACAUGGGUUUUCAAGGGACAUCGUCUGUACCAGCUUCAUUAAAAUAAACAAUAUUUGUAAAAACCGUACUAAAGCUUCUUUUAUUUUAGCCAUGUAAGGAGGAAAAUAAAAAUGCCCCAGAUAGGA